UAUAAAUUGUGCAAGCAGAGUAGUUUAAAGAAACUGGUUUUCAUUUGAGAUGAAGCUUUCUCUAGGUUUUACUUGGUUGAUGUUCGUCGUGCAUCUUUUAGAAUGCAACUCGUUGAAACGUGCUUUUGUAAUAAACAAUCCAAAAAUUCUGAUCGUGAUAAUGCAGCAAGCGAAUGAGCCGGUUUUUCCAAAAACAUACAAUUACACAAGCUAUGAAGAGAUAAUAGUAAGAUCAGCUAAACUGAAUGCGUUGACGACGGAAAUGCAAACAGCGAUUUCAAAUGUUACAACAUUAAGGAUUCAAAGUGGAUGGAUGGAGAGUAUUAAUUUGAUGGAUCAACAGAGCAUCGUGCAAAUACACAAUUGUAGCACUAGUUUAGUUAUCAUCAACCCAAAUUUAAACUAUCAAACGGCAGACCUAGCGAUCGUUUAUAACCGUUUAGAAAAGCUUCCAAAGCAUCUGAAUGUUUUGACCAAUUUGGAGAAACUUUUUCUUCACGACAAUCGAAUCGAGUUUGUUGCGAUGGCGGAGUUCAAUGGUUUGAAUAAACUAAAGUUGCUAGCCUUGCAAAGAAAUAAGAUUACCGAAAUCAGAGCAACGCUACAGAAUCCAGUGAUCCUUCCCAAGUUGGAAAAAAUCUUUAUCGAUAAUAACCACCUCACCGAUAUAAAUUUUGAGCAUUGGAAUACUCCUUACCUUAAUUUAAUUCAUUUGCACGAGAAUCAACUGCAGAUCGCCCUUUCACUUCCGGGCAAACUAAACGGAUUGAAAGGAGUCGCACUGGCCACCAAUCCCUUAAACUGUGAGUGGCUUAACUCUACUUUGAAGCAACUUAAGGAUCGUAAAAUAACGGUAUAUGAUGAACACAUUACAAAGUGCAACGCAACAGGACCAGAAUUGAAAGAAAUUGUUCGCAGAGUCAACUUCAAGGAAACGUUUGCCACUCUGCCACUUUUACGACACAGUCAAUUUGAAUUAAAAGAAUUUCUGCAAAGUAAACUGAAGAACUUGGAAGCCAACAUUGAGAUUCGGCAGCAGCGGAAUGAAUCGCUACAAACCAAUUUUGACAAGAUUGAUAUCAGAAUAAGCGAGUUAUCAUCGAAAAGUGAAAAACUUCAAACAGAAUUGCAAACCAAUUUAUUGCAAACCACCAACGCUACAUCGACAACCGAUCAAAAGCUGAAAGAAAUGGAAUCAUUUUUCAAAUUACAGAUGGAAUCGUUGCGAAAAUCGGCCCUCGACAUUACCGAAGCUACGGAUUUGCACCUGCUGAAGAGCAAUCAAAGUCCUGACCAGGAGCUAGUGGAGAUGAGGCAACAUUUCGAGCGGAAAAUCUCAAAGCUUGAGACUGAUGGUAAGAAUUUUCAGGCAGAGAUUCAACACGUUUUAAAAUUAUUGAACGAGCUGCAGCGACAACAGAACGAGUCUCCAACCAGCAGCACAGACUCGGUUCACGGAGGAACUUUCAAGCUAGACACAUAUGUAGUGACUUUUGUGGUUCUGGCAAUCUUAUUUUGCUUAUACUUGGUGAAAACUAACUUUGGUUCAAUCAUGUGUGCCAAGUCUGACAAAAGGAAGAAAAAUCGUGUGGGUGAAAUGCCGCUUACUUCGAUUGCUGAUGACACCCAACAAUACUUGGAACGUCAACAAUUUGACAAAAAGUGAGGCCACCACCGGUUGAAAUACAUGUGAAAUUUUAUGUUUAGUUUAGUUUGCCGCAACAUCAUUUGUAAUCUGUAGAAUUAUG